AUGAGGCAGGCUUUUGUUGUAUUGCUUUCUUUUCUUCUGUUUUCCGCAGUGCGGGCCAUUCCAUUCGGCGUUUCCAUCGUACAGGAGCGCCAUAUUAUCACGGAGAAUACGCGACUAUAUAAGCGGCAAUUGCUUGAUGCUCUAGACUCGAUCGCGAACGACAUCUCGAGCGCGUUCGAUCCUGACCCUGAACCAACACCACCACCGCCACCAACGCCACCAACACCAGAUAAGGAUGAACCGGCAGCCACAAAGACGCCUAAGAAAGACGAUGACGACGAGGACGACGAUGAAACAACUACUGCACGGUCGACUGCCACCAAGACAUCGAGCAAGGAGAAUACCAAAACAAAGACGAGCGCCUCGGCUCGGUCAACCUCCACCGAGACAAGCUCCGAGACAUCUGUGACAUCGGAGUCAACGAGCGAGAGCACAACUUCUGCCACCUCAACAAGCGCUACGUCGGCUUCGACAGCUGCAGCUUCUGCGACGCCCGAACCUACCAGUGCUAGCAAAGGCGGCGUCAACACAGCAGCCGUAGCGGGAGGAAUUGCAGCAGCCAUUGUGGUCAUUGCAGCGCUUGUCAUUAUCCUUUUCUGGGGCUGCGGACCGCUUAAGAGGUGGAAGGAAAACAGAGAAUACCAACAAAUGGUAGAUCGCACCUACCGACCUGCGCUGGACGACAAGGUUUUCUUCGCAGACAAACCUCGGAGUGAUGUGGGGCUUUACCCUACGAGUGUGCCGACGAGUGUUGUUGGAGGUGCCAGCGUCGUCGGAGCAUAUCGUGGUGCUGGUCCAGCGCAACCGUCGCCCGUCGCUGGGCACCAGCGUCCAUUCUCAUUCAACGAGGAGUCGAGAAUGCAGCAAGGCAUUCGUCGGAAGCCACUUCCAACCAUUGGUACAGGUGGUGCCACAGAGGGCGCAUCUCCAUUGACUGGAGCAUCGACGCCGACGACUACAGGGCAUGACAGGGCCGAGCCGUGGUUGCCGGGUGGCGGCACGCAUCGGUGA